AUGAGGAAGGUGAAUCUGCUCAACCGCUGUACUCGAAAGUUUCUGUUUCUUAUCGUGUUGGUGACCCAAAUCUGCGGUGUCACCACUUUCGUCUACUGCUCAAGGAAGCAAUGCUUCCGGCAAUCCGGUAUUCUGCGCUUGCACUCCAGCGUAAUUCUUUCCAUAACCACAUUUAUUCUCGUUUUAAACAUAAGUCAAAUGUUGGGUAAACCAAAAGAACUAUGGCCCAGUUUGGUGGGAAGUAUUGUGAUCCUGGUGGUACGAGUGCAUGGUUUUAUGGAGAGUCAGGAGAUCGUAAAGCUAUUGAACGAAAUGCAUGGAAUAGUGAGGCAGGUGAAUGUCAUGGCCAGACAUCCGAAUAUCUUCCGCCUGAGACACCUGAUGCUCCUCCUCCUCGGACUUCAGAAUCUCCUGCGAUCCCUCAGCAUGUUGGUGGGAUUACGCAACCUCUCCAGUGAUGCAUAUGACACUUUGCUUAACAGUUUUUUGCUCCUGAUUUUACUAGGAGUUCUUCUCAGCUUUCUCAUCCAAGUCACCAUCAAUAUUUGCCUUUUUGUGGUGCUCAUUGCUUGCUACAACGAAAUACACCUAUGCACACGAAGAAUCUCAAAUGAUAUGGAUAAACUUAGGCAAUCUGAAGUCCUCAGUAGCGGACAGUUUCUGGUCUUGGUGAAACAACUUCAAGGGAUCACUAAGAGGUUGAUUCAACUGCGUUCGAAAGUUUUUCAUCUGACACUUCGGAUUAUCCAGCACUUUCGGUUCAAUUGGCUAUGUACCAUCGUCUACGGGCUAUUACCCUUUUUGUGCUUCACUGCUAUUGAUUGGGAUGGUUUUUAUUAUCUCACUAUUUCUGCACUGAACUUAAUAUUCCAGUGUACAAUAUUUAAGAUUCUGUCAUGUGAAUCAAGGGUGACCAGGAGUUUUUGCAGUUUUCAGUUGGGCAACUAUCACAAGGAAACCGACAGAACCAUUGACGAAUUACUCCAUCAGGAAAUCAGGGAACGCAUCAGGAUCAACAUAUAUGGCAUUACGCUGGACACGAAAUUCCUUUUAAAAGUGCUGUCCAUUUGCGUGUUCUGGGUGUUUGUUAACCGACAAGGAUACUUGCACUUUCAAAGCCCUCAAUAG